GUUUACAGGGUAUUUCGGCCCCUGAUAGGGUGGUUGGUAAUAAUAAAUAUAGUCAAAUUAAUCAGCUGUAUACAAUACCAACCAGUAGAAUUUAAUGGAAAUGGAGACGGAGAGUGUGCCUUAUUACUAAACGGACCUGCCAAAAGUAGCCAAUUCGAUUAUUCCUUGAAUUUAUUGAAAGGAAGCAGUUUGGAAUACAAUGGACCACACACUUGCAUCACUUAUGAUGCUGUUAACGCAGCUUACUUGGAUGCCCGCAAAAGAAUACGCAUUGCACAACCUCACGGUGAUUGGAAACCAGAAGACGUAGCCACUGUAGGCGAAUUACUUUUGGACAUUUCGACCAACUUGGCGAGAACCUACGGAUUAAGUUACGAAGAUAUUGAAAAAGGUUUACCUUUGAUCGAUACAAGUAAAACUAUGAUUCGUGACGUGUGUCCCCCAUAUUUGUCGAACGUGGAAUGCAGGGCCGGAAAAUACAGGAGAUACGAUGGUCUUUGCACCAACUUGGAACACCCUACCUGGGGAGCCACUAACACACCAUUUACCAGGUUAUUGGGACCUCUCUACGCUGACGGUAUGUCCGCUCCUCGUAUUGGUUUAACUGGACAAGAUUUGCCUUCUUCUCGUAUCGUAUCCAGGACAAUGCAUUCUGAUGAAGGUUUCCAUGAUCACGCAGGAACCAUUAUGAUCAUUGCUUGGGGACAAUUCAUGGAUCACGAUUACACUCUUACUGGAACACCUCUUGAUCCCUUUAACAGAAACGACCCCGAAGAAUGUUGCGAUCGUCCACCUCAUCUUAAACAUCCUUAUUGUAACGAAAUUUACAUACCCGAAGACGAUUAUUUUUACAGGCUUUUUAAGAAGAAGUGCAUGAACUUUGUCAGAUCUUUCCCAGGUGUAAGACCAGGCUGCAGACUUGGCUCCAAAGUACCAUACAACACCCUUACCGGAGUUAUCGAUACCAAUACCGUUUAUGGUGUUACAGAACAUUUUGCCAGAAAACUUCGUGAAGGCCAUGGCGGUCUCCUAAGAAUGAACCCAGCUUUUGACCAAUACGGCCUAAAGGACUUAUUGCCUUUGAAACUCGACAUUCCAGAUGAAGGUUGUACCAGACCAAACGCAAGCAUGUACUGUUUCGAAGCCGGUGAAAUUAGAGUAAACGAACAAUUAAUCUUGACUGUUAUGCAUACUUUGAUGGCCCGUGAACACAAUAGAGUUGCCAAGGGAUUGGCUCAGGUUAACCCUCAUUGGGAUGACGAGACUCUUUUCCAGGAAGCUAGAAGGAUUAAUAUUGCUAUUACUCAGCAUAUUACUUACAACGAGUUCUUGCCUAUUUUGCUAGGAAAGGAUGUUAUGGCCAAAUUUGGCCUGCUCCUCCAGAAAGAAGGCUACUGGGACGGUUAUGAUACAACUGUAAACCCUAACGUUAUAGACGCUUUUUCUGCUGCCGCCUACAGAUUUGGACACUCCUUGCUUCCAACAGCUGUAGAAAGAUGGAGUAAAGCCCACAAAUUUAUUGCUUCAAAACGUCUUUCCGACCUCAUCAGAAGACCCUUCGACUUGUACAGAGCCGGUAUAUUGGACGAAUACGUCAUGGGUCUCAUGAACCAAGUAGCCCAAGCUAUGGACGAUUCCAUCACUCAGGAAGUAACCAACCAUUUGUUCAAGAAAGUUGGCGCUCGCUUCGGUAUGGACUUAGUCAGUUUUAACAUGCAGAGAGGCAGAGAAUUUGGUAUUCCUGGUUACAUGGAAUACAGGAAAUUCUGCGGACUUCCUGGCGCCGACACUUUCGAAGGACUGUUCGGUUCUAUGCCAAACGAGACUGUUAGGAAGUAUUCCACCAUUUUUGAACACCCAGGUGAGGUAGAUUUAUGGUCUGGCGGAGUCUCAGAACGCCCUCUGCCUGGAAGCAUGUUAGGACCCACUUUCGCUUGCAUCAUUGCCACUCAAUUCAGCUACUCCAGAAGAGGUGACCGUUUCUGGUACGAAUUACCCAACCAACCGUCCAGCUUCACGCCCGAACAGCUUCAAGAAAUCCGUAAAGCGCGCAUGGCCAGAAUCAUCUGCGACAACACAGAUCUAAUCGAUACCGUUCAGUUGUACCCGAUGGUACUCCCUGAUCACGAAAUUAAUCCCAGAGUGCCAUGCCGUAGCGGUGUCAUUCCUGGCAUCGAUUUGAGCAAGUGGGCGGAGUUCCCGCAACAUGAGAACACCUACACCAACUUCGAGUUCGGCAAAUAA